AUGGCGGAGGACGGGCCCAAGCCACUGCAGCUCAACAUGCCCCUGGUCCUGGACCACAACCUGACCAGGCAGAUGCGGCUGCGCGUGGAGAGCCUGAAGCAGCGCGGGGAGAAGCGCCAGGAUGGCGAGAAGCUGCUGCAGCCGGCCGAGUCUGUGUACCGCCUUGACUUCAUCCAGCAGCAGAGGCUGCAGUUUGAGCGCUGGGACGUUGUGCUGGACAAGCCGGGCAAGGUUACUAUCACGGGUACUUCCCAGAACUGGACGCCCGACCUCACCAACCUCAUGACACGCCAGCUGCUGGACCCUGCUGCCAUCUUCUGGCACAAGGAGGACUCGGACACCAUGGAUUGGAAUGAGGCCGAUGCCCUGGAGUUCGGGGAGCGCCUGUCGGACCUGGCCAAGAUCCGCAAGGUCAUGUACUUCCUCAUCGCCUUCAGCGAGGGCCUGGAACCCGCCAACCUCAAGGCCUCCGUGGUCUUUAACCAGCUCUGA